AUGAGUUCAGAUUCUUCGCUGUCGGAGCCGCCCAAGGCGUACAGCUCCUUCAGCCCGUUUAUGAAGAAAUACAUUGUCUUUACUGCCGCUGGAGCUGGUCUCUUUUCCUCAUUGUCUGCGCAGAUUUACUUCCCGGCGCUGAAUACGCUGGCCAAGGACCUGGGCGUGUCGUCCUCGUUGAUCAACCUGACUGUCACUAGUUACAUGAUCUUCCAGGGCAUUGCGCCCAUGUUCCUCGGUAGCUUCGCUGACCAAACCGGCCGUCGCCCCGCCUACAUCAUCUGUUUCGUCAUCUACAUCGCCUCCAACAUUGGCCUCGCUCUGCAGGACAGCUAUGCUGCCCUGAUCGUGCUGAGAUGUCUGCAGAGUUCAGGAAUCAGCAGCAGUGUUGCGCUGUCUGCAGCGACCGUGGCUGAUGUCGCUACGAAACAAGAACGAGGCUCCAUCAUGGGCUUCGUGAUGGCGGGCAACUUCAUGGGUCCAGCCAUUGGCCCUAUCAUCGGUGGUCUGCUCGCUCAGUAUCUCGGCUGGAGGUCUAUCUUCUGGUUUCUGACCAUCGCAUCGGGCGUCUUCCUCCUCCCUCUUCUCUUCUUCCUACCUGAGACUGCACGCAAUGUCGUCGGUGAUGGAUCUCUCCCUGCACAGUCGUGGAAUCGCCCCUUCAUCCAGUACAUUCUCGGCCACAAGGAAGCCAAACAGCCUUCUCUCGCAGACAGUCAAGAGUCCAACCCACCAGAGAAGAUACACGGCAAAUUGCGCUUCCCCAAUCCGCUCAAACCCCUCGCCGUCGUCUGCCAUGCCAACUCCAUCAUCGUCCUCGUCGUCACCGGUGUCAUCAUGGGCGGUAACAUGACCGUCCUCUCCUCCAUCACAGAAGUCUACUCCUCGGAAUACGGCCUCGACGAACUCCAAAUCGGUCUCUGCUACAUCACCCUCGGCACCGGCUCCGUCGUCGCCUCCUUCGUCACCGGCCGUCUCCUCGACUGGAACUACCGCCGUCUCGCCGCAAAGAUCUCCCACACCGGCACUGCCGAACAACAAGAACAGCAGAAACGCGACGAGGCCGUCCCCGUCGAAAAAGCCCGCAGCAUGAUCACCAUCCCCCUCGUCGUCAUGGGCAGUUUGACCGUGCUCGCCUUUGGUUGGGUCAUCAACUACGGUGUGCAUCUUGCCGCGCCCGAAGUCUUCCUUUUCUUCAUCGGCAUGGGCCAGACGGGUGGCUUCAUCUCCACUUCUACCUUGUUGGUUGAUCUGCAUACUGCCCAGCCGGCGGCUGCAACCGCCGCCAACAAUAUGGUGCGCUCGUUCUUCUCUGCUGCGGCGUCUGCUGCUAUCGACCCUAUGCUGAACGCGAUGGGCCGUGGAUGGGCGUUCACCCUGGUCACUUUCAUUCUACUUGGUACUAUCCCGUUCCUGCUGCUGCUUUGUGGAAUGUGGCGUCAGAAAAAGGAGCCUGAACAGACGGCUCAAGAGCAGUCUUAAACUUGAUCAACCCAGGCUAUGCCUUUAUUGGCUGAAAAAU